AUGCAGAAGAAAGAACAAGACCACAAGAAUGCAGAAGAAAGAACAAAACCACAAGAAUGCACAAGAAAGAACAAGACCACAAGAAUGCGCAAGAAAGAACAAGACCAGAAGAAUGCACCAGAAAGAACAAUACCACAAGAAUGCACAAGAAAGAACAAGACCACAAGAAUGCACAAGAAAGAACAAGACCACAAGAAUGCACAAGAAAGAAUAAGACCACAAGAAUGCAAAAGAAAGAACAAGACCACAAGAAUGCAAAAGAAAGAACAAGACCACAAGAAAGAACAAGACCACAAGAAUGCACAAGAAAGAACAAGACCACAAGAAUGCACAAGAAAGAAUAAGACCACAAGAAUGCAAAAGAAAGAACAAGACCACAAGAAUGCAAAAGAAAGAACAAGACUAUAA